ACAUUUAAUCAGGCAAUGUCAGUUGCAGAACAGUAUAUUCUAUUUCAUCAUCAAUGGUAGAUAGAUUAUAUUUGGUGAUUGCUGUCUUGCUAUCAUUGGUUAUUUCUUUUGAUGGAAGCCCAAGAAAAGUCAUUUUUGACAAGUGGUCUGGAAACAUAACUAGUAAUCCAGGGAACAAAUAUCUGAAAAAUCAAGAGUAUGAAUGGCUGAUAAAAGUGCCUGUUGGUGGAAAGUUCAUAGAAUUAAAGUUUCCUGCCUUUCUAACCGAGUGCUUAUAUGACUACGUGUCAGUAUACAACAAUAAUGAUGAGGAUAACAGAUUACAAUUGGCUGCCAUAAGUGGAAAUUUACGUUCCAUGGAAGACAUUGUCUCUGAUACAGGACAAAUGUACAUACACUUGACUAGUGAUGCAGAUAGAGUGUUCAGGGGGUUUAAAGCUACUUUUAGUGUCACUAUCUGUCCUAACAACUGUACUGGAAGCAAUGGAAGGUGUAAUCCGAACUCCAACAAGUGCACAUGUAAUGCUGGCUGGUAUGGAGACAAGUGUGAUAAGGGAGCACUAGAUUGUGGGUCACACGGCCAGCUGGAUACACUUCUCAACAAAUGCAGGUGUAAUGAAGGAUAUUUUGGCUGGAAGUGCAACAUCAAGUUGAUCUCUAAAGCUGAGGAGCCCCCUUACAAUAGUUGGUUUAGUUUAGUACAGCCAGAGAGUAGACAGUCUAUCCUCAGCUGGGAUCAAGCCAAGAGAAUGUUACCAAGACAAGGUCACACGGCUGAUGUUAUCGGAGACUACCUGUACGUUUUUGGAGGGUACGAUCUAAACCUGGUCCUGUACAGCUUCAAGAGACUGCACGUGGUGUCCGGUGACUGGUCUGAUGUCCCGAUUAGUCCUGCCUCUUCCUCGCUUCCUGGAGGACGCUAUAUGCACAGUUCUGCGGUGUUUGGUGAUAGUAUCCUGUAUUGUGGCGGAUUCUUCAAGAGCACAACGACUAUCGGAGGCGACUGUUGGCUGUACAACACGUCAGACUCGUGCUGGUACCAGUACCCGUCUCUUCCAGUACCGGUUACCGGGCACACAACCACUGUGGUGCCAGCUGGCAACGUUUACCUUUUCGGAGGUCUUACUGGCGGAGACACGGACCACUAUUCCUGCUCACUUCACACCAUGGACCUAUCCUCCCGGAGUCCUGUAUGGGGUCUGGUGACCCCCACUAUCUACAAGUGUUCUGAGAUAAGACGGUACGGUCACUCUGCUGUGUAUGAUGAGGACUCAGGAAGUAUUGUCGUGUUCGGAGGUUUUGUUCCAAUACCUCAUGUACGCUACGACAAGAGUUCGGAUGUUUUACUCUUCAGUAUAAAGAACAAGGUAUGGUCGAAGCUUAAAAUCACUACCCAAAUUCCUGGUAUUGUUUUUCACACAGCAGUCAAACUGGGCAGAUUUAUGGUUGUAUUCGGUGGCAACAAAGAAAACCAGAAUGUCGAGCAGUGUUUUAACCCGGACACUAUAGUUUUCGACCUGGGUUGCAUGGACUGGGUGUCCCCGCUCCCCAAAGACGAGAGCCACGUGACAGCCAGCUUGAGAUACGCGCACGCGGCAGCUAGAUACAGAGACAGUAUGGUUGUUGUAGGGGGGUUUAACGGACAGCCCAUGAACGAUGUGCUGUUAUAUUAUCCGCCCAGGGAGGAUUGCUCUUCCAUUCCGAACAAGGAUAAAAAGGGAGGUGAAGUAAGCAGUGCCGCAUAUGACGAGUGUAACGCGUUACAGCACUGCGUACGGUGCGGCAAGAAGUGCCGACCAGUCAAGAGAUGCCGUCAGCAGAUGAACCAGUGCAGUGUGUGCUACAGACUAACAAGGUGCACCGAGUGUGCACUAGCUGGUUGUGAGUGGUGUGUACAAGACGGAAACUGUAGAUCCCGGAACAGUGGCGACUAUUGUGGAGUACAAUCUCCAGAACCAUGGUGGGGUCCUGAGGGAACCCUGCUAACUUCACCUAUACAGUGCCAGACAGACGAUAUGCCUCCAGGACUACACUGGGUGAAAGUAGUGGACCCGGUUAACUGGGACCUCCCUGAUCACGUGUCUAUUGUCAAGUCAGCACGUGUCGACCUGCUCUACUCCAAACAUACACAUACAAGAGAUACGGGGGAAGAUAAGAGAUACUACGGACACCUCCGGGGCUACAUCAACAGCACGCACAGGGAAUAUUCCAACAAGUACAAUCUACGAGUCCAGUACACGGACGGCUUAGUUGAUCUGCACGUGGGCAGGACGUCACGUGACGCAGAGUUAGUGUUCAGGAAUGCCAGCCGGAAGAUACAAAAGGAGAACCGUUACUCGCUGCCUAGAUACAAAAUUGUAUACAUAAAAGCAGUGUUAAGUCAGUACAUUAAUGAUCAGCAACAGAGGAGUAACAUGACGAUCAUGUGGGACGGUGGGGGAUCUGACUACCACUCCGAGGAGAUACUCAACGAGGACGUGUUAGUGCCCUACAGGAACGGUUCCUGUACUCACUUUGGAACCUGUCUGGGGUGUCUUACUGAUCAACUGUGUGGCUGGAACUCUUCUAUAUCACGAUGCCAGCUAAGAUCAGUGCACACCUUCUCCACCAAUCAGAAGUUCAGAGCAGGGUACCUGAUAACUGACUUUGAUUCCUGUACCAAGUGUGACGAACGUAUCACUUGUUCUGCUUGUGCUGGAGACGGUAACUGUGAGUGGCUUAACUUCAGAUGCCACAGACGUGGGAGAUACGAGGAAGCGAUCAGAUCGAGAUACCGCUGCCCGGAUACCUGCUCUCGACAGUCUUCCUGCUACUCCUGCACUGAGCUGGACGACUGUGUUUGGUGCAAGGCGCUGGGACGGUGUUUCUCCAUAAACGUACAGGUGGCUCUCUACCCGUUUGGGGAGUGCUCCGUGUGGUACAACGGAUUUGUUACCCCGGGUGGAUCGUCCCACUGUGACGAGUGCGAGAUGUACCGCACGUGCAGAGAGUGUCAGAGUGUGCGCGGGUGUGGGUGGUGCGGACUGGAGUCUCAACCUCACUCCGGUACUUGUAUUAAGGGUAACUUUGAGGAGGGUUACUGCUCGCUGAGCUGGUACUACCAGGAGUGUCCAGCAGUUAACGAGUGUGCCCUGGGACUCCACCACUGCCAUGACAACGCCGAGUGUAUAGAUACAGAGGACGGGUUUACUUGUCAGUGUAAACUGGGUUAUCAGGACCACGAUGGGGUCUGUGAGUCCAAGUGUGACACGAGUUCCACCUGCAAACACGGCAAGUGUAGCGAGUACAACCUGUGUGAGUGUGAUCUAGGUUACACUGGGCCUAACUGUGACCAGGACUGCUUGUGUAACCUUCACUCUACCUGUUCUCAGGGACAAGGAAUUUGUGACGACUGCAAACACAUGACUGAAGGAGCAACUUGUCAGCUGUGUACGGCUGGUGCCUACCGUACAGGUCCGGGCACGCGCAGCGUCUGUAACCCAUGUCAGUGUAACGGACACCAUGACCCGGCACGUGGGUACUGUGACAGAAACACGGGGCAGUGUCACUGUACCGGCCACACCACGGGCUUUAACUGUGAGCUUUGUGGCCAGGGGUACUACGGCAGCGCCGUGGACGGAGGUCAGUGUUACAUGGUGGCGCGCUCCCGCGUCCAGCUAGCCAGCGUGGCAGAUGGCGCGGUGGGGAAUGUCCAGUCAGAGAGGCGGCACAGGUACUCGCUGAGUGGGUACGAGAGUGUUAUGUGGUACAUUACUCCUCCGUUAGAGAGUGUUAGUGUGGUGGUGUCUGUUAACGACUUCAAGUCUAACGCUCCUGAUACACCGGGAGUCCUGUACAUCUGGGAAGGGCUCCCAGCACACAUCUCCGGGGCCCUCUCCUCCAACCUCACCUCACGUCUCCUCCUCCUCCUCUCCGCGGACAUCUCCUCGUCACGUGACCACUUCACGCGUGAGACACGUGACCACGUGAUGAGGGAGUUCAGUGCGCGCGGUGCUGUGACUGUGCUGUUUGAGGGCAUGCAGAGCACCAAGUUUAACAUCUCGUAUGAGCUGAGGAACUGUACUCACAACUGCAGUGGUAAAGAUGCCAGGUUUAACGCUACAUGUGGGUACGGAAUGGACUGCACCUGUGUGUCAGGGCACAUGGGUCCCCAGUGUUACACGCCAGUCUGCCCCGAUAACUGUAACAACCGGGGUUCAUGUGUAGAGAGUACGGGGGUGUGUAGAUGUGACGAGUCCAGCUCCGGCAUCUCGUGCAGUGACAGGAGUUCAGCCCAGAUUACGUGGUCAGUCAAGAGUUUUGAUUGGGUGCCACCCGGUCACGUGAUAAUGGGACCCAGGAUGGGGCAUUCCGCUGUCGUUAUUGGGGGUAACAACUUGACUGUUUACGGAGGGUACGAUCUCUACACAAUGUACUCUGAUAUCUGGCAGUUCGAUACAGACUCUUUAACCUGGACACAGCUAGUUACUGCUCCUCAUACCUCUGGUGCUUCUACUGGUGCUUCUACUGGUGCUUCUGGGGGUGAAGGAUAUCCUGCUGCUAGAUAUCUACACAGUGUUAUUGUAGAGGAUAACUCCAUGUGUGUCAUUGGUGGGGUAACGAAAGAGGGACUCAGUAGUGAAGUUUGGUGUACAAGUUUAGGAGGAGAUGACAUUGUUUGGACUAACUUGCACUCAUCUGGCCUACCUCCCAUGGCUGGUAGCAGUGCAGUUCGAUACUCUGAAGAAACAUGGUACCUGUUUGGCGGUGUAACUGAGUCAGGAGCCUCAAACUUAUUGUACAAGUUUAGUGUGACGAAGAAACUGUGGAGUCUCGUCCCAACUUCAGGUCUAGUGCCCCGUAUGUACGGGCACAGCAUGAUCCUCCACAAAGACCGUCUCCACGUGAUAGGGUCCCCGGGGUACUACAAGUACAGUGUUACCGCCCACACCUGGGUAUCAGUCCCAGCAGAUCUGCCGGAGGAGAUAGUAUCUAGUUUCCACAGUUCUACUCAGGAUGUGGGGCUGGUGUAUCUGGUGGGGGGAAGAAGUCGGGGAGUUCACCAUCUCAAUGGGGGUCUGUUCGCACUGCAACUAGACACAGGCAGCUACAUCCAAAUAACACGUGACCCUGAAACAGCCAUGAUCUCAUCUAACCUACUAUUCCUGAACAACAAGCUGUAUCUGAUGGGAGGGUUUAAUGGAAGUGUUCACAGCCUGGUACUAUCGUAUGAUUUAAGGGAUAGUAUCUGCUACUUUAUCAGAGAGGAGGAAGAAUGUAGUAGGUUCGGGUGUGCCUGGUGUGAUAAACCUUUAUAUAGUCCUAAACCUUGCAUUCCUACCCCAAUUCUAGGAUGUAAAUACAACACAUUGGACACCACAUUGCCCUGUAUCCACCACACAGACUGUUACUCAUGCGCCUCCAACUCAUGCUACUGGACAUCUGCCAAGACGUGCAGCAGUAACAAGUCGCUGCGCACCACGUGCAAUGGUGCUUGUAAAGACUGGAGCACGUGCACGGAGUGUCAUGGAAACGCUCAAUGUGCUUGGCACAAAGACACGUGCACACACACAAGUAAUGUUGUGAGAAGUGAUGGAAAGAGGUCUUGUCCAGUGGUUUGUGGUGGUAUCGAUGAUUGCACCAGAUGUACAGUGAAAGAUGAUUGUAGCUGGAGCUCAGCUUUAGAAACAUGUCUGUCAGCUGAACUGCAGGACUGGUUCUGCCUCUUUAAUCGAUGUGAUCUGUUGGUACAUCCGGUACAAUGCCCGGAACCAUGCUCGUUACACAAGACCUGCUCAGUCUGCAAAGAACACAACCAAUGUGGCUGGUGUGCCAAUGGUGAAGAAGGAGAGUGUCAGAGUGGAGAUGUGAGCAACCCGCGCGACAGCACGUGCGCUAACUGGCACUACUUCACCUGUCCACUGGAGGACGAAUGCGCGCUGGAUGUUCACACGUGCAGACUAGACCAGCUGUGUGUGGAUAUGGAGGAUGGUUACAACUGCACGUGCAGUAACGGCACUGUUAACUCUGACGAGGUAGACGCGUGUAUCCCAUCCUGCGCGGACACUGGAUGUGAUCACGGAGACUGUGUUGACGUGGGCAUGUGUGUGUGUGAGUAUGGGUACCAUGGGGCAGACUGUUCCCUAAAGUGUGAUUGUAUGGGACACAGCGAGUGCGCUGAAGACGGCUCAUGUUUGAAGUGUGAGGGUAACACCACAGGGUCGAGAUGUGAACACUGCUUGGAUGGGUUUAUCCUCAAGGGAAAGUACUGUAUAUCCUGCAAAGAGCUGUGUUAUGGCCACUCUAACACGUGUGUCGAUAACAGGGUCCCCGCAACAACUGCCACCCAAUCAUUCAAAUACUUGUUGUUCGAGCGCGCCAAAUGUGAGGACUGUCAGAACAACACAGUCGGCGACUAUUGUCAGAAAUGUAAAUCACCGGACUAUUUCCGGGAUCCCGUAUCGGGAGAGUGUCGCGAGUGCACGUGCAACAAGCACACUUGGAAGUGUAACCCGGAGACGGGCCUGGACUGUGACUGUCAGAACCACACCCGGAGCAGUUACCAAUCUGAGGGUGGAAAGUGUGUAGACGCUCAGAACUGUUUCUUGUACCAGUGUGACAUAUGUCAGUACGGUUACUCAGGAGACCCUAGAAACGGGUCUUCCUGCUUUCAGACCCUAGAUAGAGACAAGGUGUAUAACUUUACAGGGCGAGAAUACUUUGCAAGACCUUUUCACAUACCCUUGCAAGGCUCGUCGGACCACUGGGUCUACAUUGAGAUGAGGGACCUGGUGGGAACUGUGUACGCUAGUAUGAACCCUAGGGAAUAUAGGAUUUAUUUAGACGAGAAAACGAGGAGCCAUGGAGUUCAUCAUGAGUCAUUCUACGAGGUACACAACAGCAAAAGAAGUGCUCGAUACACGACACAUCGCUGGGAUAUAAAACCCAUGAAACCUUGGAUAGCUGGAGUAGAAGAGAUAGAUACCCAGUACAACUAUCUUCAAACGGAAAUGAACUGUGAACGACGGCUAAUCAAAUACUCGCCCAUGAAACACGGACCCAACACCGGGAUUUACCUGAUCAUAGAGACCAAGAUGACGGGAGGUCACCUCAAGAUCCAGUGGUAUGUCUCCAACACUGAGUACAACUACUACCUCACUGCUAACCUCCUGUCCAGCGGUCUCAUCCUCAUGCUUGUCUUCUAUUACUUCAUGACUAAUGCCAUCAACUCCCUGAUUUAUCUGUGGCAGCAACGGGCAGGUCGGCGGGCGAGCGUUAACAAUCGCCCGAAAUGUUUAGUGAGUUUGUGUCUGGAUAUCAGCGACUACAAGCACCACCAUUUGAGGUGUAAAAGAGGGUAUACUCUUCUUCCUCAAAAUGAAGCUCUACCACCAAUAACGCCAGUAGCAACCCAGGAGUAUUUUGUAGCGGAUGUGCGCUGUGGGUUGAGCACCGUGUUGAUUAAACUACCGGGACAGCAAAUGUUUCCUAAGUUGAUGUUUGGGACAGCUGUGUUCAAAACUGGGGAUAAGUCUUUGGAUUUCCGGUUGGGCACCCCUGAUGAGGUUAUCUGUGAAACGUCAAUUUGAAAGUUUCGAGAUGUUAUUAUUUUAGAUUUUUGGUGGCUCUUGAGUUUAGGACCAAGAUCUUUGGAGUCGACUCCAUUCAAUUGUUUUUAUUCUUAACCUUGUUUUUUUUAUUCAACAUUUUUUAUUCUUGUACAGAGCUCUAUUUUAACGUUUUACUGUAAGUAUUUUAUUUAUCAUUUUAUACAUUUAUCAAUCGAUUGUUUGGUUGGAUCAAAACUUUAAUUUGAAUCUCA